UGGUCGUAUUUUGAUUCCGCCAAUUGUUCCAUUGGUGAAGUUUUCUUGUUGUACAAUUCUAAAUUUGAAAUUUUCAUUUUUAAUUAAUUGGUAUGCUAUCUUAGACUUGUGGAGUUGUGUUAAUGUUGGUCCGUUUCCUAAGUUUUGUAAUACUUGGGGUCGUUGUGAUGAUUAG